AUGGGUGCUAUUGCUGGACGACUUACUGGAAUGAGUAUGGAAAGCGUGUUUCGCAGCUUUCAGAUGCAGAGUGGUCACUCGACUUACUGGUCUUGUCAGAUUGGGAAAGACUGCGUUAUGCCUGGACUCUAUGCUAUGGUCGGUGCAGCGGCAGUGCUAGGUGGUGUGACUAGUGCAAGUGCUACUGCCACUUCUAGCAAUGCUCCAGAGAAUCACCAAGAACGAACUGAACUUGCUGUGAUAGUCCAGGCCCCGAUGGCAGUAACCGAUCAGACCCCAAUGGAGACCGUCAUUGAUAUGUUCAGAAAGCUCGGUUUGCGACAAGUAUUAGUGACGAAAAAUGGGAAAGUACUGGGAAUAAUUAACGAAGAAGGAUAUACUACAGUUUAUGCGAAAUGCACAGUCGGGUUUCACAAAUCCUAA